AUGGCGAAAGAUGACAUGGCAGAGGUAGAUUUGGCACCAAACGGAGCAGAACCCCCCGGCGAGGCCCCCUCGGCGUUUCCCUAUGAGGAGUUCGAAUGCAAAAUCUGCUACAAUUAUUUCGACCUUGACCGCCGGGCUCCUAAGAUCCUUGAGUGCUUGCACACGUUUUGCGAGGAGUGUCUGAACACGCUUCACCUCCGGGAGGAGAGGCCAUGGCGCAUCAGCUGCCCCGUAUGUCGCCACCGGACUCCGGUGCCGGAUUAUCGGAUACAAAACCUGCCCAACAACACCAAGGUGACGGAGGAUUUUCCACUCUACAUCGACUCGGACCCCCUGCCUCAGGACGCUUUGCCGCCGUACCCUCCCCCGCUGCACCCAGCUCUUGUCGCCCUCCGCCGAGAGGAGGCGUCGGGGACGACCAGCGUCAGCCAGGCGACCCCGUCCACUACCGUGUCCACAGCCACCACCCUCUCCCAGGACUCGGUGCGCUACGAUAGCUGUCAGAGCUGCAAGCGAGUGGCGCUGACCACCGGCUGCGUCUGCGUGAUCUUCUCCUUUCUGUCCAUGCUGGUGUUGCUGUUCAUGGGCCUGAUCUUUGUGCACAGUCACAGCAUUCCUCCCUCGCCGGCGGGACCCAUUUGCUUGUCGGUAGCCAGCAUCCUGGCCAUGUUCUCGGUGGUCGUCACAUGGCUCAUCUGCUGGCUCAAAUACAGACCGGACCACGAGACCGGCCGCGCAUCCGCCACCAGUAACUCCAGGAGAAACGCCUGAUAGGCUGCUGGCUCUGACU